CACGUCUGCGGGAGGUCGUGCGGCGUCUCCCUGCCCCUACUCCUGCGGUUCCUGGUUCUCGGCGGAGAGCAGAGUCUGGCGGCUUGGCCAAGUCAGAGGAGGCGCAGAGCGCUGGCGGGCCUGGUCGCUGAGUCUGUGGCCGCUGCCGCCCCACACGCCGUGACCCGCGACUCCGGACUCCGACUGUUCUUGACUCGGCCCGCGCGCCCCAGGCCCGGCCCGGGCGGCGCGGCGGGAGGAUGAGCGGCGGGCGGCGAAAGGAGGAGUCGCCUCAGCCGCAGCUGGCCAACGGGGCUCUCAAAGUCUCAGUCUGGAGCAAGGUGUUGCGGAGCGAUGCGGCCUGGGAGGACAAGGAUGAAUUUUUAGAUGUGAUCUACUGGUUCCGACAGAUCCUUGCUGUGGUCCUGGGUGUCAUUUGGGGAGUGUUGCCGCUGCGAGGUUUUUUGGGAAUAGCGGGAUUCUGCCUGAUCAAUGCAGGAGUCCUGUACCUCUACUUCAGUAACUACCUACAGAUAGAUGAGGAAGAAUAUGGUGGCACGUGGGAGCUCACAAAAGAAGGGUUUAUGACAUCUUUUGCCUUGUUCAUGGUCAUUUGGAUCAUCUUUUAUACUGCCAUCCACUAUGACUGAUGGUGAACAGCCCCCACCUGCACCCUGUCCAGUCCAAAGGACUCUCCUAGUUACAGCACAGAAACAUGAUUGUAGGGGCACUCCAGGCACAUGGAGCCUAGAAGAGCCUGUUUCCUGGGCCAGGAAUCAGUGUGUUGGGCAUCAGUGUUUUCUGCAAGGAUUGUAACAUGAAACUUUUUAAAGAACCAUCCACCUUUUGGGGAAGAAUUUCUGAAUUGUCCAUGACCAACCAUUUCUCCUUGGAUACUCAUCACUAAACACCUGUUUGUUGAUUGUAACUGGUUGUUUACUUUGAUGCACCUCUGGAUCCGGAUGAAACAUUAAAUUGUCCUCAUUCAUCAGGUGUACAGUUUUUAAACUAUCAGUGGCAUUUCAAGUCUUCUGAAAACAGUAUGGCAAUAUAUGUGUGGUCCACAGCACAGUACAAGCAGCAUCUAAUAGUUUUCAUUGUAAAAUGUUUUCAGAUACUUGAAUAAAUCAAAUCUUUAACUGAGAA